UCAUCUCAACAAGGCAGCCCCAUGUGGUCAAAUUCACAUAAAAUAGUUUUAAAAACAAAGGAUCUCUUUCAUUUGGUAAAAUGCCAACUUAAGAGGGGAAGAUGGGGAAAAUCCAACAUAGAGAGAAACUGCCAACUGCCAAGUCAUUAGUCAAUGUCAAACCCAGAAGGGGUAUUUCUGUAAAUUCGACAUGUAGAGAAACUGCAAGUAAUCUCUUUUGGUAUACGUUAUAUAAACCAAUCAAUAUGUAUUUAGAAAUGGUGUCAGGUUGAUUUGUGUGAUCAUAUUGAUAAAGUUUCAUUUUCCCAAAACCAAACCAAUAAGAUGAACAGAGUUUGGAGCUUACACAGUUCUGUCAACCUAUUUUGGGUUUGUAUCUUCUUCUUCUUCUUCCUUUUCGGCCAUGGAUUUCCGUUGGGAGUCGAAACUGCCGAAGAAGAGACGCCAGUAUCCGAUCUUUUGAGUCGAGAUGAUUGGAGGCAGAUAGCUGGAUAUGGUGAGGAGAGACUGUCCACAGUUUUGGUCACAGGCUCUGUUCUUUGUGAAGCUUGUUUGCAUGGUGAUGAACCUCAAGUUCAUGCAUGGCCUAUUAAAGGUGCCAUGGUAGGUGUGAAUUGCCACAACAAUGGAAAGAACAGCAAAUCUUCUGAUUGGGUACAUGGAGUCACCGAUGAAUUUGGAGACUUCAUUAUUGAUAUUCCAUCCCAUCUUCAUGCAACCCGAAGCUUUGAAAAUGUCUGUUCCAUCAAGAUUCUUAAGACACCAAAGAACACACACUGCCGACCUGCUCAUUUAGCUGGAAUGAAGCAGCUGCAAUUAUCAUCGUUCGGAGGUGGCAUCCGUACAUAUACUUCUGGAGUCCUCAGGCUGCAGCACCAAACAUCUCGACCCCUGCAAGCUUGUACAAAUGAGGGGAGGGGUGAUCGUCAGACCUCAUGGUAGACAGAAGCCUAAUAAAGUGAAUGAAAUGGUUGCAGAGAUCAUAAUAUAUGGCUCAUGUAGAUGGCGCUGAAGUCACAACGAUGAGUUAUUUGUUUGUAGUUAGCACGAUAAAUUGGGUUUGGAUUGAUAUGUGUUGUUUGUGUAUAGAAACAUCUAGAUUAUGUAAUACACCAAUCUAUUUCAUACCAUA